AGAACCAAUUUGAAGUGUUUUUGACUACAUAAGAUAUGUGCUGGGCGGUUUUGGAUUUUGUUUGUGAAAAAUGCACUUUUUAUAAUAAUUUAUGUGGUACUUGUGCUUGCCAUUGGCCGAAACAUCACUAGAUUUAGGCAUCAAGUAUCCGAAGUGGUGACGCGGUCCGUAAACACACGAGAGGGUCGCGGGUCGCGGGGCAGGAGGGGAGGUUACGGAUGUUUCCAGUAGCUGUAUUAUCCAAGAUUCUAACUGUCUUAUAAGCAGUUCCACAGCUGUCUGCCACUGGCACUGAGUUGUCCUCGCCAUGGUGUACUGGUUCUACAACCGGCGCGACCUCAAGGCCACGCCAUCGGCUCAGGAUGGGGUCAGUCAGGAGACGGAGAUGCGGUACCGGCGCGAGGGCGCCCGGUUCAUCAUGAACCUGGGCAGCAAGAUCGGCCUGCGCUACGACACGGUGGCCACUGGAGUGGUGUUCAUGCAUCGCUUCUACAUGUUCCACUCGUUCAAGGAGUUUGACAGAUAUGUGACGGCCUGCUGCUGCCUCUUUUUAGCCGGAAAGGUCGAGGAGACGCCCAAAAAGUGCAAGGACAUCAUCAAAGUGGCCAAGACGCUGCUGCCUGACACCAAAUUCACCGCGUUUGGCGCCGAUCCCAAGGAGGAGGUGAUGACUAUGGAGCGUAUCCUCCUCCAGACCAUCAAGUUUGACCUCCAGGUCGACCACCCUUACACCUAUCUCAUCAAAUACGCCAAGUGUCUCAAAGGCGACAAGGUCAAACUGCACAAGUGUGUACAGAUGGCGUGGACGUUCGUCAACGACUCGCUGUGCACCACACUCAGUCUGCAGUGGGAGCCGGAGAUUAUCGCGAUCGCACUGAUGUACCUGGCCGGCAAGCUGAGCAAGUUCGAGGUGGUAGACUGGGUGGGUCGUCAGCCGCACCACCUGCGCUGGUGGGACAUGUUCGUCGAAGACAUCUCUAUGGAACUGAUGGAGGACAUCUGUCACCAGGUUUUAGACCUGUACCAGCAGACCAAGGUGGCAGGUGUGGCUGCCGAGAGCCCGCCCCAGUCGUCGGCCGCCCCCGCCCCCGCCCCGGCCACCCCCGCCGCCGCGGCCGCUCCGGCUGCGGCCGCUGUGCCAAAGCAAGAGCCGCUGGCGCCUGCAGUCGACCCGGCAUCGCUGGCGGCGCCGGCCGCAGAGCUCACGCCGGGCCGGGAGCUGCGAAAAUCGGCGCCCUCCACGCCGCCGCUGCAGGUGAAGGCGGAGCCGCCGGCCGCCCCCGCCCCCGCCGCCGCCCCCGCCCCGGCCGCCGCCGGCGGCGGCCCGCCCGGCGCGUCCGGCGGCCAGCCGCCCCAGUUCGGCGGCUUUGGCUACGGGCCGCCGCCGGGCGGGGCGUUUGGGUACGGGUACCCGCCGCACGCGGGAGCUGCGGCGCCGCCGCCUCCACCGCCCCCGCCGCCGCCGCCUCCGGGACCGAGCGGCCCGGCGGCGCCGUUCCCGCCCCAGUUCCCGCCGUUCGGGUUCCCGUCGGGCCCGGCGGACGGUAAGGGUGGGGCGGUGCCCCCGCCGCCGCCCCCGCCGCCGGCAUCCAAGUACCCGCCGCCGCCUGGCGCGUCCGUGCCGCCGCCGCCGCCGCCCCCGCCCAGCAGUGCGCCGCCGCCGCCGCCACCACCGUUCCCGCCCGGCGGGAUGCCACCGAACAGAGGGUAGGUGGUUUAGGACGCCGCUGAGCGACUGCGGCUCCGGCUGUGUCGCUGAGCUCUCUCGAUGGAGCUGAACAGGGUCAUGUGUGCUCCUCGCCUUAAUUUGCAUUACCUGAUCCCAGAGCAUUUCUGAGCCAAGCGCCCUGGCCGAUCCUACCGUACCCAGAAGUCCACCCACGUGAGUCUGCCCACCGGCGUCCUGCCGCUUACCAGACGAGCGGUGCCGAUAUCAGAUCCUACGCUGGAUCAUUUUCCAAUCCCUGAGAGGCCGUGUGGCAGACGCUAUCGACCUCCGACACAAGUGUUCUCCUUGAAUAUCGAUGGUGACGACCCUGACCCCGGACGUCGAGUGGUGUGGCGAACGGCCAGACUGACCCCAAAGAGAGCGGCCUAGUGUCAGGGAUCGGGAUGUCUGUUCUAGUCAUUCAUGUGAGGUGUGUUAUCUAGUGACCAAAGCAGAUGAGCUGUUGAUCUCUUCAGCCUUGUGAUGUCCUAUUUCCUUCUCCGGCGAUGUGUUUAUCCUGUGUAUUUCGUGGCUGUUACUGUUUCCGUUAGAUCUGCUUCUUCAUCAAUUUUCGUUAAUUAAUGGCUAGUCGAUGUUAUAGCUCUAAGCGAGCUUCUUUCCUGAUUGAGCUUAAACGGGCUAAGCGCCCGAUAUUUCUCAGGUGUUGUUAAGUGCGGUGACGUGAGCACUGCGGAUGGAAGGGCUAUCUCGGCCGAUGUCGACAUGGGAAUGCUGUGCUGUGGAUGGAGCGAUUUAGUGGCAGAGCCGCCUGACCUCCGAGCACUAAAGCGUGCUGUGCUGGCUGUUCCACUGUGCGUCGGGUGCCCUCUUGUUACCCAUUAUUUCCUUUGCUGUGCCGUGAUAGUUAGAGUCCCUGCGGUAAUUCUGGACUCAGUAAGAGUCGAUAUCACAAAAAUUGGUCUGGCUGCUGAUGGCUCCGUGGUUGCCUCCAGCUGCUGACUGUUGCUUACACUGGCUCACAAUCAUCUGCUGACUGUGAUCAGCGGUCAGCUGCUGACUGUGUACCUCACAGCAGACCACCAGUCAGCAGCCGACUGGCUCGCUCCGCCGCCCAUUGUCCUGAUCCACUGCCGCCGACUCGGCCGUACCGAUUGGAUUUGUGAUCCGCCGAGCCUCCGACCCUCCCCCGCCUCUGUCUUUGCUGACAAUACACUGUUAUAGCGCACCA